AUGGCUUCAACCGGUUCAGCCUCUGAGAAUAUCUCGCACACUGUAACCAUCAAGAGCUUUUCUAGUCCCACAGCCAUUCCAUGGUGGAUCGCGCACGGUGAUAACCUCUUUAACUGGGCCGUGGUUUCCUUUGUCUUUUACUUAAUCUCCGCUAUUAUAUUCCCCUUCCUCCCGCUUGUUUUAAUUCUCUUAAAGGUGUAUACGCGAGCUUCGGGCAUACUUAUACUGCAUCUUGUCCUUCUUGAAGCCAUCUUAGCCGUAGUUCUUGUUCCGCUGCAAAUGAUGGGUAACUACGUGGCCCAGUACAACAUUUUCAAACCCAUCGACUGUGUCCACAUAAAAUUCAUUUUCCAAGUUUUUAUGCAGACGGCUAACUGGUCGCAGCUGUUCCUGGGCAGCAACCGCUUAAUUGCCGCCACAAGUCGGCAGAUGUAUGCUCGCUGUUCUACCACAACGGCCGUUGUGGCUACCAUCGGCAUCAGCUGGUUAAUCGGAAUAGUAGACACCGUGCCGACAGUGCUCAACAUUGAAGGCAAUUACGUCGUCGCGCCACCGUGGAACAACUGUAUUUUCCAGCCCAAACCCCUAACACCUUGGAUACACUAUCUGAUUGUGGGGAUAUACAUUCCGCUGCCGCUGACGGUGGCGGUGUACAUAUCGCUGAUGGUGCGCUUUUGGAUGAGCCGGCAGUCGGCGAUUGGCGCCGUGGAAGUCAACUCUCCCAGCGCGGCGUUGGAAGCCAGCCGCAAGCGGCGUCUGCGUACCGGCGGAUGUUGUGUGCCGCCGCGAUAUGGUAUUGCAUAUGCUACAGCACUCUGAUGUGCAUGGCGGUCUU